AUGUCUACUUUUGAAGUAGUUGAUAGCCGUAAUAAAGCAGCAACAAAUGGAAAUGAUCAAGAAGAAAGUUUCGAAAAUUAUGCAUCCACUAAAUUAGCUGCGAAUAUGUGUGAUGAUGAAAGAGAAGAUGAGAUGGAAGAUGUUUCGUUAGAUAAUUCAGACAUAUUACCGGCAGUUCAUAGUUCUUCGUUCAAAGCUGACUUGUAUGAAGUUUCUGAACAAGGUACUGGAAGACAAAGUCUUGACAAUACAAAAGAUCAUAAAGAUUGGCUGCUGAAAGAAGAAAAGAAGAAAAAGGAUACACAAGAUUUCGGUGAACAAUCUCAUGUGGAUAAGAAAGAAGUAGGAAGUGGCACUGUGGUGAUUCACUCUGUAGAUGAAGCACCUGACGAAACUUUUAAAAGAUUACUAAAGGGAUUGCAAAAUGAAACUCUCACACACGAGGAAGUUGUUGAUUCAGUCUUCAACACGCUCGUAGAGGGAGUUUUUGAUAUUGAGUCCAAUUUCAUCAUUAAAACCCCUGAAAAUAUUGUUCGUUUACUCCACUUGUUGGACGUUGCUCCGCCUCGUUUAAUGGCAGAAGUAUGGAGUGUAUUUAUUGGCGUCAUCAAAAAAAGUACUCGUAAUAUGCAGGCCUGUUCGACUAUUGGACUUACAUCACAAAUUUUGGAUCGAUUAUCAGAUACUGAUGCAGUUGUUUCGGAUCUUUUAGUUCAGCUUCUUGGUGUACUUACUACUUAUAGUAUUACCGUCAAGGAAACCAAGAGACUUCUUCGAGCACUAAAAGCAGUGAAUGGGCGAUGGUGUAAAAAUGCGAUCAAACUUUUGGAUGUAUUAGGUGAAAUACCAAAGCGAGAUGGUGCAGAUGUUUUUUUCUCAUUUCCUGGUGUGCUUAACGCGGGUAUUGCGUUACCUCCUCUGGCGAAAUGGCCUUAUCAAAAUGGCUGGAGUUUUUGUACAUGGUUUAAAAUGGAUCCUCUAAACAGUGUUAGCUUUGAGAAGGAACGUCCAUAUAUAUAUUGUUUUCGAACGAUGAAAGGAGUUGGAUAUAAUUGCUAUAUUAUGGGCAAUUGCUUAGUUGUCAGUUGUAUUAGAGCUAUCGGAAAGGAAAUAGUAAGAUGCAUAAGAUUCGAGCUGACGCCUAGAAGGUGGCAUCAUAUUGUUAUUGCGCACGUUUAUUCUCGUUGGUCUAAAAAUGAAAUUCAAUGCUUCCUUGAUGGUCAAAUGAUCGAAUCUUUUGACGUAUCCUGGUUUGUUUCAACCACAGAUCAUUUUGACAAAUGUACUAUUGGAUGCGGUCCUGAUGGAGAAGAGCCAUUUUGUGGGCAAACAGCAGCAUUGUAUGUAUUUUCGGAAGCUAUAACUCCACAGCAAGCUAAUGCACUUUUUUGCUUGGGACCUUCAUACCAAAGUUGUUUUCGACAUGAAGCUGAAACUGACCUGUCUGAUAAUGACAAAAAGUUUCUUUUCGAUGGAAAAAUUUCUGCUUCAAUUGUCAUAGCGUAUUCACCAAAAAACUGUGAUGGACAGUUAUGCUUGCAUUCGGCUCCUAAAACAGGUGCUCAGUAUUUCGUUCAGGUUCCGCAUGCGAUUAUGAAAGAGGGAGUAGAAGUGGUUAAAACCUAUUCAAUUCAUAGUUCUUUACAUUCUUUGGGUGGUGUACAGAUGCUUUUGCCAUUAUUUUCUCAACUGGACCUUCCUCAGAGUGAUUGCAGCGAUCGGACAAUUGAUGUUUGUUCGAAACUACUAUCAGCAAUAUAUCUGUUGAUAAGGACUGGCUCAAAUGUUCAACAGCAACUGUAUAAUAGCAGAGCGUUUCUUGUAAUAUCUCAAGCUUUACAUGAAGCGUCUCCAUCAAAUUUGAAUGAGGAUGUAAUGAGAAUAAUCAUUGGUAUUUCUAAGUAUUUGAUGGCAUCUCCUUCAAGAACAACAUUGUUAAAGCAUCUUUUCGAUUAUAUUCUUUUCAAUCCAGAACUUUGGAGUAGAGCUGAUACUGUGAUUCAAGCACAAUUAUAUAGUUAUUUGGCAAACGAGUUUCUGUCAAGUGUUUCUAUUUCACUGCUUGUACAGCGUUGCGCUGCAGUAAUUGAAAUGUUACAUGCUGUUAAAAUAUAUUAUUGGAUUGUUGAACCGCAGUUGCCUUCAUACUAUGAUGUUGUGAAACGUAAGGGAAGUCUUUCUCGGACUGAUGUGGUAACGAUACGUGCACAUAUUUUGUCUUUCGUUUCUCGAUUAAUUUGUAUGCCUGAUCCUAAAGAGAAUGCUGUUAUGAAUCGUGACAGUGAAUUCAAUGCGUUGUUGAAUUUUAUUGCCACUGUUAACGAGGAUGAUAAUUUGUAUGAUGUGCUGGCUCUUGUUACUCGUUUACUGUGUGAUAAGCCGGCAGCGAUGAUACCAGCCUUCGAUCGUAAAAAGGGACUUGCAGUUGUAUUUAAGUUAAUCAGUUCUACGAAUGAACUUGUUCGUAUUCCAGCUUUGAAGAUAUUUGGUUAUUUUGUCUGUCGUUCAACUGCUAAACGGAAAGCCGAUUCAAUUGGAAAUCUUAAUUUAUUGUCUUUAUUUACUGAUCGACUUUUGUUAAAUGCUAGUCAUCUGACUUUGGCAACAUACAAUGUAUUGUUUGAAAUUCUCACUGAGCAGAUGACACCGACAAUAAGUUAUCUUGUUCAUGCACCAGUGAGCGAAAGUUCAAGAUUUGAAAAUCCAUCAAUGCUCAAAGUUAUUGCAAAUUUGAUCACUCAGGGCGAAACUUGUUCAGAAUUAAUGAAUCGAACAAAUGGGGAUUCGAGACAGAAGUCACUGCAAAAGUCGUUAAUACUAUAUGAAAAAUCUGGUGACAGACAUCAAGUGAAACGAAUUUUCCUUGAAGAUAUAUUACAAAUGUGUGAAAAUUCACGCGAUAACAGACGUACAAUUCUGCAAAUGAGUGUGUGGCAAGAAUGGCUUAUUUCUUUAAUUUAUAUUUCUCCGCAAAAUGAAGAGGAAUAUACGAUUAGUGAAUUCGUUUACCGCAUUUUUGCACAACUUCUGUUUCACGCUAUAUAUUUGGAAUAUGGAGGUUGGAGGGUUUGGGUUGAUACUCUUGCUAUUGCUCAUUCAAAGGUAUCUUGGGAGCAUUAUCGAACAGAGUUUCAUAAUGGCAGUGAACGUGAAACGGAUGUAAUAUUUGAUUUGGUUCAGAGACUUAUUUCAUCUGUCGCUAAAACUGAUAAUGAAUCUUCGAAUAAAGAGAGAGAAGUAUUGGCUGAUCAUCCAACCUCAAUCUAUCGCACUCCUGAAUUUUGCUGGUCGAAUGUUCAUUUGAGACUACUUGAUGACUUGUUGAUUUCUGUAGAAAAGACUACAGAAGAAUGGAAAAAGUUCGGGGGCACGAUAGCUCUAUUAGAUGCUGUGAAUAGUAGUGAAAAUAAUAUAUUCGUUGCUAAUUGUGUCCACGUCUUAUCCCAGCUUAUUGAUUCAUUGGUUAUGGCAUGUGGUGGAGUUCUACCCCUUCUUGCUGCUGCCACAUCUCCUAACAGUGAGCUGGAGAUUGUCGAUUCGACUAAUCAAGGAUUAGAUUUGGGUAAUGCUGCUCGGCUUUUAGCUCGUUUUGCUUUUUUGACUGAUGUCUUCAUUUUUUCGUCUGGAAUAAGUUUUAGUGAUCUGGAACAAGAGAAAAAUAUGCCUAACGGUGGUAUUUUGCGACAAACAUUACGCCUUGUUUCAACAAUAGCUGUUCGGAAUAUACUUGCCUGUCGUAUGAGAAUAUGUGCUGGUAGUACAUCGCGUUUGGAUCUCCAGCAAAACACACGUGCUCAACAAAUAGCGAAAUUUGUAUUUGGUGCUGUUGAGGUGGAAGGGAAAGAAGAAAUCACAGACCCUGAACAUUUGUUGCAAGAAAUUGAUUUGCAACGGCUGAGAGGAGUAAUAUAUCGAGAUAUGGAGGAAAAUCGACAAGCGCAGUUUCUGGCGCUUGCAAUCACAUAUUUAUUGUCCGUUCUGAUGGUAUCGAGAUAUAGGGACAUUUUAGAGCCACCAACUACUCCAAGUCCUUUCUUCGACACAGCAGUUACUGGGGGCUCAAGCAAAAAUGUUUGCAGCAGUCUGAGACAAACAAAUGGGUCUUGUGCUGAAGAAAUUAACUGUUCUGACCAGCAGAAUAGUACUGUUGGUGAUGAUAUUGACAUUGAAGAAGCUUUGUCACUUUCACAACAGCAAAAGAACAAAAAUAUGGAGCAGGAUAAUGUUUACAGGCAGCAUCAUCUUGAUAGCUUCAAAGAUAAUAGCCUUGCUAGUCGUGAACUAGAGACAGAUGAGAGACGAAUAUAUCUUACAGAGAAGCUACAGAAAGCUUUAGAAACAACCGCUCCUUUGCUUCGGGAAAUUCUGUCAGAUUUUCGUUCAUAUCUGCAAAAAACAUUAUUAGGAACUCAUGGACAGGAGAUUAUGAAUGACACUAAAGUUAUGGAGACAAUGAAAAAUCGAGGGGGGUCGGUAAUAGAAUUAGUUAUGCUCUUAUGUUCGCAAGAGUGGCAAACAUCUUUACAAAAGCAUGCCGGAUUAGCUUUUAUUGAGCUCGUCAAUGAAGGUCGUUUAAUGGCGCAUGCAACACGUGAUCACAUUUUGCGAGUUGCAAAUGAAGCGGACUUUAUAUUGAAUCGUUUACGAGCUGAAGACGUUAGUAAGCAUGCUCAGUUUGAAAGUGAUGCAGCCGAACAAAUGCAUAGACGUCGAAAAGAAGGGCAGGUUAAUGACCAUCUGGUGACAGCUAAUCGACGAAGAGAUCUGCUUGUAUCAGCACGUUUGUUACAAAAAUUGACAGCAUUACUUUUAAAUCCUGGUGGUGCGUGGGCUGAUUCAAGCCAGCAUCUCGAUACUUUUUGGAAAUUAGAUGUUUGGGAGGAUGAUUCGAGACGUCGCAAGCGUUUUGUGCGCAAUGCUUAUGGUUGUUGUCAUUCAACAGCGCGUCUUAAAACUAUAAUAGAAACCAAAUCUUCUGAUAGCGAGGUGGAAAAAGCCCGAGAAGAUUUAUUAAGAGAUUUAGUAGCACGUCGUUUGAUUUCAUUGGGUUCUUUGAAAGCUGGUUCUGCUUUGGGUGAACUUGUCGAUGAAAAAGAUUUUGAAAAAUGGGCAUCUGAACCUGAUGAUUUACAAAAAGAAAAAGCAACUUUUGGAACAGUAGCGAAACUCAUUGCACCUGGUAUUGUGGUACCAGGAACUCUCUCAAUAACUAAUUAUGAACUCUACUUUGAUGCCGAUGAAGAUGAUCCCCUUUAUAAGGAGCAGGAUCCUAAGGUAUAA